UUCUCAAAAAAACAAGUUCUAGAGUUGCAGCAGUGGUUGGAGAAAGAAGAAUAAAACAGCUUAGAGCAUUGCAAUCAGACUCUUCAGAAGUUAAGCUAUUUGAAAAAGAAAAUCCUCCAGCCCCUUCCAUUCAGUUUUAGGUUUUUUGUUUUUCUUUUCCGCUCAAAUCCUCAAUCAUGGGCACCAAGGUCAGGAGACCCUCCCAUGCUGGUUCUUGGUACACCGACAACCCUAAGCAGCUGUCAGAGGAACUUGAUGGGUGGCUGCAAUCCUGUGGUUUGGCUAAGUCUCCUGAGGUGCGGGGAGUGAUAGCACCACAUGCAGGUUAUUCCUAUUCAGGAAGAGCUGCUGCUUAUGCCUUUGGAAACAUUGAUCCAUCACACAUUACACGCGUCUUCCUUCUUGGUCCUUCUCACCACUAUUACACUCCAAAGUGUGCACUUUCAACUGCAACUGUCUACAAGACUCCCAUAGGUGAUCUGCCUAUUGAUUUGGAAGUAAUUGAGGAGCUUAAAGCUACAGGGAAAUUUGAACUGAUGGAUAUUCGUGUUGAUGAAGCUGAACAUAGCAUGGAAAUGCACCUACCAUAUCUUGCUAAAGUAUUUGAAGGGUACCAGGUGAAAAUUGUACCCAUUUUAGUUGGUGCUGUUAGUGCUGAAAAUGAAGCUAUGUAUGGACAGAUUCUUGCCAAAUAUGUAGAUAAUCCCAAUAACUUCUUCUCUAUUUCAUCAGACUUUUGUCACUGGGGAUCUCGAUUCAAUUACACACACUAUGACAAGAAGCACGGGCCUAUAUACAAAUCUAUUGAGGCCCUAGACAAGAUGGGCAUGGAUAUCAUAGAAACAGGAGAUCCAGAUUCGUUCAAACAAUAUCUGUUGGAGUAUGACAAUACAAUAUGUGGAAGACAUCCAAUUAGUGUUUUUCUUCAUAUGCUGAGGAACAGCUCAACAAAGAUAAAAAUCAAAUUUCUUCGCUAUGAGCAGUCUAGCCAGUGCAAAAGUAGCAGGGAUAGUAGUGUUAGUUAUGCAUCUGCAGCAGCAAAAACUGAUGAAUCAAGCUCCAGUUGAAGUUCUUCAUUUAUGUGGCAUUCAGCAUUGUCAUUUCCUUUUAAAUCGACUAUUUUAUAUUUAAGCUUUGAACAUUUGGAUAUUAUGUUCCAUGUUGAUAGAUCAUUCUCACUAACAUAUAUCACUUGUCUUUAGACCGGGGAAGUUGUCAAAUAAUCAAAUUCUUUCACACUAA